AUGGUGCUGGUAUGGUGGCUAUUCAUGGGCGUGUUUCCUCUGGCUCUACAAAUGCGAAGCUACACGCAAUUCGUCCGACCUACCAGGAUGUCGGAAAUCCUAGUCGUACCUCAAGCGCAACAAGUGGAGACCGCAAAUCUGACGGACUUUUGCCCUGUAGAAGCGUUUGUUUUAGCUGGAGUCUGGUGGAAUUUCGAGCCAACGCACUACUAUACUACGGACAAUGGCACCGUUUGCCACGCCGUUAUUCCGCAGUAUAACACACACGGAAACUACUUCAUCGGAAGUUCAAAAGUGGCUCCCCAUCGUACUGCACCAUCCAGUUGUGCAAAUGACAGCUUCCCCUUCGAUGUGUACUUUUACCACGCCAGUAUUGGUUUCUACUCAUUCUUCGAAGGAGAGACUGGCACGUAUUGUGCCAAUAAGAGAUUGUCGUACAUUCAGGUGGAUGUUCUUGGAUCGUACGAUAUUAACGGAUCGUUCUUAGCGGAGGACACGGGUAGUACGAACUCCAGAGUAUCGUACUGGUAUGGCAUUGUCGGUGCGAUCUGGCUGGUAUAUCGUGCUUUACUGAUUCGAAGAAGCUACGUUCUGUGCACACGCUACGGUCGAAGGUGCGACGAAUUAGGAGAAACAAUCUGCGAAGAACAAGUCGUCGUCGUGCGGCGUUGCUUUACUUGA